CAAAAUAUUACAAAUUAAUGCAGAGGAUGUGCAUCAUAAUGUCUGUCGUCGUUAACAAUGUAACCCCUUCCUUGCGUUCACAGUACUUAUAGAUCACAUGGUAGUAUAUAUAGGUUUAUCGAUGUUUGUCAAUUAAAGACUUUUGUUCGCUCUUAGCGACACAUAUACGUUAAAAAGUUGAAGCAGUCAUGGUGUUUUGUAAAGUGUUAGGAUUAUGGUCGCUGUUUUACUUUGUGUCCAGUAAUAGCAUAAGUAAUGAAGUCUUAGAGAAUGGAAAAGCCCCAUGUAAGGGUAUCGACCUUGUGUUCCUUCUGGACACAUCUAGAAGUAUCUGGGGACCGGACUUCAGAAAGCAAUUGAAAUUCGUAGAGAAUAUGGUCGAUGAAUUCAAAAUAGGACCAGACAAACAUGAUACUCGAGUGGGUGUGGUAACAUUCGCCCAGACGUUCUGGACACAAUUCUAUCUGCGGUCCUACCUCGACAAGCGAAGAGUAAAAACUGCAAUUCGAUACAUCAGACACAAAAAUGGGUACCGAACAAACACCGCCUCAGCACUAAAAUUCCUGCACAGCUAUAUGUUUCAUAAACGAUACGGAGGAAGACCGCAUGCAAACCAUGUUGCAAUCAUCAUUACGGAUGGGAGGUCUCAGAAAAGGGAAGCUACCCUAGAAGCUGCUCGAAUUGCCAGAGAAAAGGGCAUCCAAAUAUUUGCCAUUGGAGUGGGGCGUUUUCUUGACAUUGAGGAGUUGGAGGGUAUGGGGAGUGAACCAACUGGGCAGCAUGUCUUCACGGUGUCAUCCUAUUCAGCACUGGGUGGAAUUAAAGACAGAUUGCCAUCUAAUGCAUGUGAAGUGACGACUACACCUCCCACUACUACUACUACUACAACAACGACAACAACAACGACAACACCGGUGCCACUCCCAUUAAAAACUAGCGUAGCCAUUGACGUCUUGGGGCCUGACGACUUCUACAAGAAGCACUAUUACCAGUACCACGACCAGGCGGGCCGCACUAAUUAUCACAACCUCCUCAGUGACAAGCCAUCAGACUAUUGUGGAGAAAAGGAGGCGGACAUCUAUUUUGUGUUAGAUGCAUCUAGCAGUAUUUGGCAAGUGGAUUUCGCCAAAGAACUAAGCUUUGUCAAUGGGAUGAUAGACGAUUUAAAGAUUGAUAACAUUAAUGGCAGAAUUAGAACCGGUGUAGUGGUAUUCAGUAAUGCAACAAGAAAUAUUAUCGCUUUGAAUUCCAAGCGCACGCAAGCUGAACUCAAGCGGCAGAUUGAAGGUAUUAAGUAUCUAAAAGGAUUGACCAACACAUCUGAAGCCAUCAGGUUCGUCCGUCAAUACGGCUUUCGAGAUGGAGUCUCGCGUCCUGGUGCUAUUAAGAUUGCCAUUGUCAUGACUGACGGUAUUUCAAAAUUACCUCAAGAAACCAUGAAACAGUCGGAACUAGCAAGAAAAGAAAAUAUUACAAUUUUUGCUAUUGGUAUUGGAAACAAAGUUGACAAAACGGAAUUGAAGAGAAUUGCAAACGACCCCAACAGUAAACACGUUUUCCACGUCAGUGAUUUCAACGGGCUUCAUGCAAUCAAAAAAUUACUAGUACUAUCUACGUGUGCUGUCAUCCCAGAUGUUCCACAAAAUCUUCAGACAUGUAGCGGAGACAAAGAAACAGAUGUCUUGUUUGCGUACGAUGCUUCGAGCCUUGGCUUCAGAAAGAGUGAGGUAAUUGGCCGAUUUAUUCAUACUCUUGUGUCUAGCCUCGACCUGUCUAGCGGUAAAGUGAAUGUUGGUCGAAUCACUGAUAACUGCCCGAGGUACAGCAACGUUCCAUUAGGACGUGAUACAAAACUGUUCACCGAAUUAAAGUUUCCUGGUAUUGGGCAGUUGCUGCAAUCCAUGAAGCGUAGUUUUCCGACCACUGUAAACGUGAAGAGAGUCGGUGUGCUAGUUGUUGACGAGAGCACUACCGGGGAAAGGGAAGCGAUAGAGUUUAUGAAGAGAAAUAACAUUUUUGAUCUGAUGGUCAUUGCAAUCGGCGACCGUUAUAAUACAGGAUUUGCAGCUGAUUUAGCAUCCGAUCCCGACUUCAAUUAUUUGGUGCGUGUUCCGAAGUACUCCGAUCUGAGUACUGCUUUCAGUAAAGUUCUUGAUAAACUUUGUACCAUCAUCAAGAGGUCGUUUAUCCUGAGUUUGGACCAUUAAAAUCUUUAUGAUGUAAAACAGUUCCGAUGUGAAUAUUGUUAUCUUAAUUUUAAAUUUGUCAUUCGUCGUUUUUGUUUAAUCAUUUGUCUAAGCGGCUUUAGUUCCGCGAGGGAAUUUUCACUGUCCUCAUGAUUACAAGACAAAUAUUGCUCGUGUGAUUAAAAUUCACUAUAGUUCAAUACUGAAUACAGCAUGUAGCGAUUGGUUAAAAAAUAUAUUUUGAGCUCCAACGCACAGUAUCCACUGUGAAAGUAAUAUGGGCUGUAUCAUUCUCCUAAAAACCAUACAAUAGAAUAGAAAUGGGGACACAAACAUAACACAAAGAAAAAUUGAGCUAAUUGAAUCAUUAGACAGAUAAUCAAACAGGAAGAAUUAAUUGUUUGACAUGAUUCUUUGUGAAUACCACUGCAAUUGUACAGAAACCCCAAAAAGAUGUAUCCAUCACCGUAUUUUCUCUGAUAAUGGUUUAAUCACAACAUGAAUUAAAACGUCACGAUCUUACAACAAGUGUGUUAUUGCAGGGAUAUGGAAGGGUCAUAUGGUUAUUUUCAUAAGCUGUUGUAUAAUAUUUUCCUAUUCAUUAUUUUAUUGUAGAAUUCAAGUUUAAUCUUAGAACUUUGUGUAAAUUUUGUGGUUUCCUCUGCACACGGUUUAGGUUAAGGAACCAUCUUUGAAUCAAUAAAUUAGUAAAUAUUUUAAAAUGAUAUUUUCAAGAACUUGAUAGACAUUUAAUGUAUUAUGUAUUAUUAUGAUAUCUUGAGGUCAUGUUGUAAGUUUGUUAUAAAAUUAAAUCCAGGUAUUUAACUGCAUUCGCAAGUAGUGUCUUCAUCAGCAUGGGAACCAAUCUUCACUCGAAUACGAAUAAUCAUGAUAAUUUAGUUGUAUCCUAAUAAGAAGCCAGUUAUGCUGUUGAUGAACAUUAGUAACAUUUCUGUACAAGUAUUCCAUUUUCUGACAUACAUUGUAAAAUAUUCAUGCUCGUUAUAAUUCGUUUUCUUGAAUUGUUUUAUAUUUCUUUUCUCUAUUUUGACAUGAGAUUUUCCAAUCCUUUUUAAUUUUUCACUUAUAUAUUCAGAGAAAAAACUACAUGUAUUUGAAUAUUGUAUACCUUUGCGUUACGGAACUCCUGGCAUGAAACUAAAUUUUCCAUUUUCUUUCCCUUGUCAUAUUAAAGUAAGCAAGGAAAGCGAUACCUUUCGACUGUAAAUUUUAUUAAUUGCUUAAUAAAUUAGAGAAAAAUACACACAUGCUACAUGUAGAUAUAUAUUUUACUCAGAAAUAAAGUAUAUGUUUUUC